AUGACAAUAGAUAGAAUUUCGAAAGAAGAGCUAUUAGCCAACUAUGACACAUUCCUAUUCGAUGCUGAUGGUGUACUUUGGACUGGUGAAAUUCCAGUACCAGGAGCAAUCGAAUGGCUGAAUCUUCUACUUGAUGAUAAAACCAAGAAAGUCUUCGUUCUGACAAACAACUCUACAAAAACACUUGAUCAGUAUAUGAAGAAGAUUGAGAAGUUGGGAUUCGGUCGUCUUGGAAGUGAUAAUGUGAUCAGCCCAGCCAUUGUUCUGGCGGAAUACUUGCAGAGUAAUCCUGGAAAAUUCGCUAAGGAAUACGUCUAUCUGAUUGGAACUGAGAAUCUGAGAGCGACACUUGAAAACGAUGGAGGAGUGAAAUGCUUUGGAACAGGACCGGAUAGUAUUCGUGAUCACACUGAUGGAGAUUUCAUUCAUCACGUUGAUAUGUCUUUAACUCCGAAGGCUGUUGUUUGCAGUUACGAUGCUCACUUCAGUUAUCCAAAAAUCAUGAAGGCCGCUAAUUUCUUGCAAGAUCCUAACGUGGAAUAUCUUGUCACAAAUCAAGAUUACACAUUCCCUGGCCCUGUUCCAGGAGUCGUUAUUCCCGGAUCUGGGGCCACAUCUGCAGCAGUUACUGCUGUGACUGGAAGAGAGCCAACAGUAUUCGGAAAACCACACAAACCAAUGGCAGACUUUUUGCUCCGACGAGCACAAGUAGAUCCGAAAAGAACUGUUAUGUUCGGAGAUCGUUUGGAUACUGAUAUCAUGUUUGGAAAUGCAAAUGGACAACUCUCCAUCACUCCACGUCAGCAAAAUGAGUCGGAAGAGCCACCACAGAAGCAAGGAUGGAUCAGCAAAUUGCUUAAAGGGCAACAUGUGGAUCCAUCUAGUUGGCAAAAGCAGUCUCACUCGUCAUUGCUCUCUAAUUCGGAGCUCAUGUACGAGUUCAUGACUCACAACUACCGUCCAGGAGAGCAAGAGGCUUAUUUGGAUGCAUUCGGAAAGUACAAACAGGAGAUGAAUGUCAAGAAUCCAUCGAUUGAACUCGUCGGUUCAUGGACUUGCUCAUUCGGUAGAACUCGUGAUCAGGCUAUCCAUUUGUGGAGACACAACAAAGGAUACGAAGACGUCGACUCAUCGAUUGCACUUCACGGAAAAGAUUCUGGAAUUCGCGCUGCCGAUAACGACGUCGCCAAGUUAUGCGGUCGCCGUAAGAAUCUCAUCGUGAAAUCGUUCAGCUAUUGGAGAGAACCUGAACAGAGACCACCAAAUCACGUUUAUGAUCUUCGUUCGUAUGUUCUUCAACCUGGAACAAUGAUUGAUUGGGCAUCUGCAUGGGCUAAAGGAAUUCAAUACAGACGUGAAGCGAAUCAAGAUGUUGGAGGAUUCUUCGCUCAAGUCGGACAACUCUAUGUCGUCUAUCACAUUUGGGCUUAUCCAUCAAUGUCCGAUCGUAAUGAUACUCGUCAUGCCACGUGGGCAAAGCCUGGAUGGGAUGCAACUGUUGCCAAUACAGUCCCACUUAUCAAGAAGAUGCAAUCGAAAAUCUUGGUGCCGACUAGAUUUUCCCAGCUCGAAUAA